UCAUUUUUCUGUCUUUCAAUAACAAAACACCUUCAUUAGAACCCUAAUCAACAAGGAGAAGAAGAAGCCAUGCCAAGCAGUGGGAUCCCAGAAGAGUUAUACCAUGAAAUCUUGAUCAGAUUACCAGUAAAAUCCAUGCUCAAAUGCUUUAUGAUACCUGGGAUGGUUGUUAUUGUGGUGGUAAGGUGGCGGACUUCUUGUGUGUUUGGAACCCAGCCACCAGGGAAUACAAGAAGAUACCUCACAGUCCUAACUCACCAAAUGCAUUUCUUCAAGGGGAUGUCUGCAUACAUGGUCUAUCGUAUUAUGGUAAGAAUGAAGAUUACAAGUUUGUAAUUGGGGCAUGUUCUGAUAAAAGUGGGUUGACUACUUUAGUGGAAGUCUUUUCGGUAAGAUCAAAUUCAUGGAAAACUAUCGAAACACCUUAUAGGUUUACUUAUGAUGAGCAGAAAUCUGGGGUACUUAUUAAUGGGGAUCUUCAUUGGUUAGCCAAAACGGAACAUGGAGUUUGCAUAGUCUAUUUGGAUAGCAGCAGUGAUUUUCCAUCAUUCAAAGAGAUUCAACUACCUAGAAUACCCAAUUUGGAGUUUGUUAGUGUUGGAGUGUUGGAAGAGGGACGCCUCUGCGUAGUUGUUGAUAAUGGUGGUCAUGUUGGUCUUGGUCGUGUUGAAGUAUGGGAAUUGAAGGUUUACGGAGUUCCAGAGUCUUGGACUAAACGUCAUGUUAUCUCCAAUGAGACAAUAACUCAGGCAGUUGUGAAUAAAACAUUCGCGUUCAAAAGCUCUGUCAUGAAGAUCAUUUGGUCUUUUAAGAAUGGGAACAUCGUAUUCUUGUGUUCGGAUGAUGUGGUAUUAUAUGAUCCAAAGCAUGGAACUGCUAUUGAAAGAAAUUUGGAAAGGUUUGCGGCUUUUGAUUCAGAAGUCAACUAUGUAGAAAGCUUAGUUUCAAUCCAUACUCUUAAGUGGGGGACAGAACUAUUAGAGGAAUCAACUGAAGACGAAUCAACUGAAGAUGAAUUAACUGAAGACGAAUCAACCUAAGUCGAAUCAACUGAAGACGAAGCAUAAUAAGAAUAAAAAAAAGAACAUAAGACUGUGUUACUAGUCCUUGUAAUGUAAUUGAAUUCAUGUCCAUGGUCUUUACUUUGGGAACUAAGUCAUGGAGAACGAUAGUUACUAGCACUGCUAAAUGUCACCACCACCAGGUAGUUCUUCAUUUCCUAGUCGAAUGGUAACAAAGGUUUUGAGAAGUUCUCAUAGACAAGUCUUAGAGCGGGUCAUCUGUUUCAGAGGAUAACUAAUACAUUGAAAUGUUGCUCUCGAUUAACAUCCACAACGAGAAGAUUCAGUCCAUUCGAUUCCCAGCUGAUUGUACGCUAUCCCUGGUGAAUGAGCAUCAAUUUAUUGAAGUUCAUCAGCACCUUCUGGAGUUUAAAGGAUACCCGUGUGUCGCACAUUCUGAAAAGAUAAUGGUAAGCAACAGGUAUUGUCACCUUUGCCCGUCAUAAAUGCAAUGAUCAGAGGACAUUUUGCCUUUGUUGUUUUAAGGAUCAUCUAUGUAUAUUGAAGGACAAGGUCAAACAAGUAUGGGAAAAGAGGGAGACUUUCGAGGAGGGUUUACUCUGGCACUACUAUUGCCACUAGUUCUACUACUACCACCGCUCCUACACGUAUGCUGAGUUUCUCCCAUCAGAUGUUAUUGUAUUGGUUUGAUGGAGACGUUCUUAUUUUACAAUUUACAGAUGAAACAUCUUAAGGUAGUAAAGUGCUCCAGCUCUUGCAAUAAGCGAAAUCGUGGCGUUUUCAAACUUAGGAUGAAGAGAAUCUCCGCAGGGCGCAAUAUUGAUCAGGAGGAUAAUUCCUAUUGUCAGGACAUGGAUUAUCAGCUGCAUGCUCAAGUGGAAAACAUCCUUUCUCUGAAAACCUUCAUUCCAGAAGAAGAAACUAAACUAGUAAGUUCAAAGGUUUGGUUGAUUUGUAGCAGUCCAUUAAAAAUAAGCUACAUGCAGGAGUUGUGUUUACGGGAAGAACUAGAGGAACAGAUAAAUAUAUUGCCUCCUUUAGUUAGUUUGUCCCGUUAUUUGAUUUCAGUAAUGGUGACCAAUAUUUACUAUUCAUGUUUUCAUUUGUUUCUUGGUGAUUAUUACUUAGAAUGAAUAGACAAUGUGUUUACUACUAUGCUCAGAAAGGUUUUGAAUUCUCCACCUUACUGGACGCUACUUUUUCUGGCAUCUCACAUAAAAUUCCUGCCUUCAAAUUUAAAGCCGAAAAAAAUAUAUAGGAAAUGUGUUUAUUCACAAACUUAUUAGUUGUCUUAGGAACUGAUAGUAUCCCAGUCAAAUUUUAAAUGGAGGAAUCACAUUUCAGUUAGGUUAUUCCGUACCUCUAAUGUCCGUUGUGUUUCUAUCUAAACAAGUUGGUGUUGUCGUGGCAGGAUGCCUAAAUUUAGGCUGCUCAGUUACUUUUUGCAGUUCUAUGUUAUUCAGUAAAACCAGUAGUUUGUUAUUGUAGCCAUUUGAUGGAUAUGAGUCCUAAAUUAUGAUUGUAUGACCAUUUCGCUUGUAUAUAUUCUUAAUGACUCAAAAAUGAGUCAUAUAUGCGGUUAAGAUGUAUUACCAUCCAAGUUCAUUGAGAAACUAGAUUUCACAAGUGCUAUAAAUGACAAUGAUCUGUCAGUAGUUAGGAAUAUGAUGCUGAUUAGUUUCAAAUUCGGAUCGCUGGUAUCAAUUUCCUGGAGGGUGUCAAAGACCCCUUCACAAGCUGAUGUUUUUAAGUUUUGUAUGGGAACUGAAGAAGGCAUAUCUCUGGAAGUCGAAUGGCUUUACUCUGAGUCAGAGGCAAAGCACACGUCUGCUAAUUUCAUUAAUGCAAUCAGUUUAUGUGCUUUUUGGCUGAUGCGUUGUCUUGAGAGUUCUGUUCUGCUCUCAAAUUGCCGACUUUAAAGGUGGAGCUUUUAAGUGAACAAGCAUCGUCUGUGGAUAGGCAUUGUAACGGCGGUGGUAUGCUGGUCGUGGAGGUGUAUCUAGGAACACAGAUUACCAUUAGUUAGUUUCCGAAUUACUCUUCUGCUUCAUGGCAAGAUUUGAAGGUAAACAAUGUAUUUGGCGCGGGUAUCACCUCUAAAGAUUUGCAAGGACCUUCUACAACAAAAGGGAAAUUUAGCAAGUAUUAGAGAUAUUAAGAUUUAAGUGUUUUCUUUUGGCGGAAUUAAACGCAAAGAUGGUAACAUGGUAAUAUCGUUAUGGGAAUCUUUCUCGCCCUCUUUGCUAAGGCAUGAAGUACUGGUGUUUGAUGUUUUCCGGUUGUAUUUUAUUGGGUUGAGCCUUUGAAGUGCCUCAUUUUAUAAUAAAUAUCGUUCAAUUA